AUGAAUCAUUCAAUGGUUGGUAUAAUGGAUCUUCCAAACGAAAUGAUAAUUAAGAUUUGGAAUAAUCUUAAUAAUAUUGACGUACUCUAUUCGUUUCUUGGUGUUAACAAAAGAUUUGAUAGACUAGCACGAAGUCCUGUCUACAUUCGUUCUAUUCAAUUAACAGAAAAAAACUCGAAAACAAAUAGAUUUUAUCCACUACCUGAUUCGAUUAUCGAUCGAUAUUGUUCAGAUAUUUUACCUCAAAUACAUCAAUGUAUCGAAUGUCUCAUUCUAGAACCAUUCUCUAUGGAACGUAUUCUUCUUUUAUGUGUUUAUCCUCGUUUACGUAAACUUAGUUUUACUAAAAUUGGCGAAGAUUUUGUAUUUCGUCAUUUUACUGAAAAAUCACCAUUAAUAAACAUUACACAUCUUAGUCUUACAAUUGAUCUAAAAUGGUUUACAUCAUUAUCUGCCAUUGAUUUAGGUGAAAAACUAGUUCCACAGAUUUUUCGUACAUUUAGAAAUCUUAUCGAACUGGAUUUUAAUGAAAAUAGUAUUGAACGCCGUCCAUUGAUAUCUCUUUAUGGAUUAUCUUCGAUGAUUUGUUAUUCGUCAAGUUUAGUUAAUUUAAGUAUUAAUGUAAAAACAUUUAAUGAUUGUUUAUGUUUGUUUGAUGGUCGUUUUCCUCAACUACGUAAAUUGUAUGUUGGCAUUCAGGAAAUCAAUGCUCCAUCAUUACCCAUAGAAAAUUUGACAACAGUACUUAACCUUGAAUACUUCUCGUUAUCUUCAUAUUCGGAUAUAAAUGAAUACGAUAGUUAUAUAUUACCUCUAAUUCGUCAAAUGAAAUAUCUUAAAGAAUUAACAUUAUAUCUCGUUGUUAAUAAUCGAUCAACAUUCAUUGAUGGUACUCAUUUAAAAAACGAAAUACUCAUUUAUUUACCACAAAUUCAAAUAUUCAUAUUCAAUAUCAAGACACAUUGUAAAUUUAUGAGUAACGAAAUGUAUAUACAAUCAAAUAAUGAUAUUUCUCGUACAUUUAUUAAUUGGCAAUAUAGUCAAGUUAAUUCUUAUAUAAGUCAUUAUCCAAAUAAUGUUGCUCAAUGUCACAUUUUUUCACUUCCAUGCAGUAUGACCGAGAUAUAUAAUAUCAGUUAUGGUUUUCAAGGAGUUUUAUGUAGAAAUGUUCAAACCCUAUAUCUAUCAGAUAGGGUUUAUCCAUUUAGGCAUGAAUUUUUUCUUCGUAUUGCUCGUGCAUUUCCAUUAAUCACUCAUCUUACAGUUUUGAAUAAUAGAUUUCCCAAUAAUGUCGACGGAAGUAGUAAUGAUCAAUUGGCUUCAGUUGUUGAAUUUCAUCAUCUUAUUUCUUUGACAAUUCAUUUUCAACGUGCGCAUAAUGUAGAACAAUUCUUAGUUGAUACGAAUACAUAUUUACCAAAUCUCAUUGAUCUUACUGUUUCAUAUGAUAAUUUAGUAACUGUAACAAAAAAUUUUAAACGUGAUGUAACUCGUCGUAAUUGUUCUAAAGUGCAAACUUUACAAUUUACUAUACGUACAAUUGCAGUACAUUCAAAAGACUUUUAUUUAUACUUUCCUUGUUUGAAAUAG